GCCGUUUCCGUGUUCUUCCGUAUACCUCUCAGUAAACUAGUCUUCAGCUCCCCUAAAAGAUGGCAGCCUUCGCGUGUUGUCUGCCCGAAGAGGAGCGAGAGGCCCUGCGCAGGAGCCGGCAGAUCGACCGGCAACUGGCCCAGGAGAGAAUCAACCUCCGCCAGGAGAUAAAGAUCCUGCUGCUAGGAGCGGGAGAGUCGGGCAAGAGCACGUUCAUCAAGCAGAUGAGAAUCAUUCACGGGGAAGACUACACCGAGCAGGACCGGCUGGAUUUCCGCAGCAUCAUCUUCCACAACGUCCUGAAGGGCGCCAAGAUCUUGGUCGAGGCCAGGAGACGGCUGCAGAUCCCACUCGAGAACCCCGAGAACGAGGCGAACGGUUUCGCCGUGUCGAACUACCACCGCAGCGAGAGUCUGACCCCCGAGGAGUUCCACCAGUACGUGGCGCCGCUGAAAGCACUGUGGGCGGACUCGGGCAUCCAGAGCACUUUCAAGAGGAGCAAUGAGUUCCAACUGGGUGACUCAGUUCCUUUCUUCAUGGGAAACCUCGACACAGUGGGACAAUUGGGGUACAUUCCGUCGAAAGAACACAUCCUCCAUUCACGUAAAGCCACCCGCGGCAUCCAGGAAUACAACAUUGACAUCAAGGGCGUCCCGUUCAAGUUUGUCGACGUGGGCGGCCAGCGAUCCCAGCGACAGAAGUGGUUUCAGUGUUUCGACGAAGUCACCUCGAUUCUGUUCAUGGUGGCCUCGAGUGCCUUCGACCAGUGUCUCCUGGAGGACCGCAUGACAAACCGAAUCGUCGAGAGCGUAAACAUAUUCGACACGAUCGCCAACAACCGUUGUUUCCGCGGCGUUUCCAUCAUCCUGUUUUUCAACAAGACCGACCUUCUCACGGAGAAGAUCAAGCACAAGUCGAUCCGGGAACACUUCCCCGAUUUCCAGGGCGACCCGCUCAAGCUAUCAGACGUGCAAGAUUUCCUUGUCAUACUCUUCAAUUCGGUGCGACAAGACAGAACGCAGGAGCUGUACCGACACUUUACCACCGCGACGGACACAAAGAACAUCAAAGUAGUUUUUAACAUUGUAAAAGACACAAUACUCACUCGUAACAUUCAAGAUUUUAUGCAAAUUUAGCGACUGUUCUUUUUGAUUUUCUCGACACAAGCCCCGCCCAACAUUUUACGUAUAACUAGAGAAUUUUGUUCCUGUAUUGUUUUCUUGUAUGUAAACACUCGUGCAAUCAAGAAAUAUAGAGAAAUUUAAUAAGUAUUCUAUUUUUAAGAUGUGAGUAUAAAAAAAUAUGGUUUUUGUAGUAUGUUGUUGAAGGUGUAUGUUCUCUGUGUGUGUGCGUGCAAGUAAAACUGUGCCGAAAAGGUUUGGUUGCAUGAAGACAGCUGCAUAUUACGUAACCACAAUCAGGUUUUUUGUGGCUUUUACCCCCCCCCUCCUUAAAAUAGUGUGGCUGCUAUGAAUUUGCAAAUUUUUGUCUAUGAGAACCCCUAUAACUUCUGUCAUUGAUUAAAACGACUGUAGAGGAACACUAAAUUUUACAAGACUAGAACAGAAAGAGGAUUCAUGACGUCAAUCGUCGUCAUCGUCAUCGUCAGGGACGAAAAUGUUCAUCUCUUCCAUCCACGAGGCGAAGAACUUGGCGAUCAUGGCUCCGCCGUAGAUGAAGGGAGGCGCCCAGAUUGCCACCAUGACGGCCCCAGCACUCCUAUAGGGGCGCUCUGGUCUGGACAGAAUGCUCCCGCUCUCUGUCGUGACGGCUGUCCUCCUGGGAACGGCUCUGAGGGCCCCCAGCCCGCCUGGCCGUAGCAACAGGCCGCGCAGUAGACCACCCGACAUGACCCUGUUUGCGAUUCUCUUGAGCUCUCUGAGUCUCUUUCGAUCGACUCUCGGAAUUUGACACGGUACCGCCUACUUUCUGCACGUGAGAGCUGCAUGAUUAUCACAUGUCCGAAUGUGUGGGCGGGGACUAUACCUGCGUGCAUGCGUGAGUUUUACCAAACGCACUCGACCCUUUCUCUUCUGUGUGCGUUUCUUCCUGGCUACUUUU